AUGGCAUUGGUAGCGCCACCUGCCAACGAUCGCAAGCGCGUCAAAGUAUACGAGCUCAAGAACAAUGACUGGUUCGACCGCGGUACCGGCUUCUGCAGGGGAAUUGUCGUGAGUGCAGAGGAAGCCAAAAUUGUCGUUCUUUCCGAGGACGACCAGACGCGACAGCUCCUCGAAACGCGUAUAUCCAAGGAUGAUGGCUAUCAGAAACAGCAAGUAUGGACGGAGCAAAACGGCACAGACAUGGCCCUCAGCUUCCAGGAGCCCGAGGGCUGCGCCAACAUCUGGGAUUUCGUGAACGAAGUACAGUCGCGACUCCAAGCGCUCGCGCAGGGUACGUUUGGUCGCAUGCGCGAUGGCCGAUUACGUGCUAACAAUCUCCCAGAAGACGGCCUCUCCGACGAUAUUGACCACAUCAGCCCCAUCAUGCUUCCGAACCCGGAUCUCGGCAACCUCCACGACAUCGAGAAUCACAUGCGCGCGGCCAACUCAACGCCAGGUGGCCGCGAAGCACUGGCCAAAUUCAUCUACAACGAGAAAUACAUCCCAAGGUUAAUACCGCUUGUGGAAAUGGCAGAGGACCUGGAGAGUGUGUCCGAUCUGCACCGAUUGUGCAGCAUUAUGAAAAUGCUCAUACUUCUCAAUGACAGCCAGAUCAUCGAGUACAUCGUAACGGACGCGGUGGUACUGGGUGUGGUUGGAGCACUGGAGUACGAUCCGGACUUCCCUCUGCACAAGGCCAACCACCGACAAUAUCUAGCCGACGAGUCGAAAUUCAAGGAGGUGGUGAAGAUCGAGGACGAGAGCAUAAAACGGAAGAUUCACUGCACCUUUCGGUUGCAGUACCUCAAGGAUGUUGUGCUUGCACGCAUCCUAGACGACCCAACGUUCUCUGUCCUGAACUCGCUCAUAUUCUUCCACCAAGUUGAUAUCGUCCAACAUCUGCAGGCCAACGGAGCCUUCCUGAAAGAGCUCUUCAGCAUAUUUAGCCCCAAGGAGCAGAGCAUGCAACGGAAAAAGGAUGCCGUGCUAUUUAUACAGCAGUGUUGCGGGAUCGCAAAGAGCUUGCAGGCUAAUAGCCGAGGUCAACUGUACCAGAAUUUCGUCAGCAAUGGAUUGCUCGAAGUCAUUCAGUUCGCUUUGAAGCACCAGGACGCAAUUGUGCGUGUAGCGGGUACGGAGAUUCUCAUCAACCUCAUCGAGCAUGAUGCGUUGAUGCUGCGCAGCCAGGUGUUCAAGGCGCUACAAGAAAAGUCCAAGCCGUUGACUGACACUCUAAUCGAGCUUCUACUUAUUGAAGUUGACCUCGGUGUCAAGGCGCAAAUGGCAGAGGCCAUCAAAAUUUUGCUCGAUCCCAAUGCCAAUUCAGCAUCAAUCGAAGCGCUCGGACGGACUAACAGUGACUUCCUCGCUAAAAUGAGAGGCCAAUUGCCCUCUAUACCGCAGACGGACUCCUUCAUCCAGAAUUUUUACGAUGACUCUGCGAGGAAGCUUUUCCAGCCUUUGAAGGACCUUGAGGGCCGGGAAACAACGCUCAAAUACUUCCGGAUCGUCAUCGGCUUUCACGACGAGACACAUAACCGCCAAAUUAUCCAACAUCAGCUGUUCGAGCCGAUCCUGAGGAUCUUGUUCGCCACGAUGCCGCGCGACAACCUCCUUAACUCUGCAUGUCUGGAGCUUUUUGAAUUUAUCAAGCGAGAGAACAUCAAGAUGCUUGUCCAGCAUCUUGUGGAGACAUACCGGGAGAAACUUCAAGAAAUUACAUAUGUGGACACGUUCCAAAAUCUCAUUCUGCGUUACGACCAAAUGCACGAGCCGGCACCGACACAAGAGCUCGAGCAUUCCUUUACAAGCGUGGACAGUGACACACCUGGACGACAUCAUGCCGUUGUCAAUGGAGGCAAAUGGGGACAUGGACUCAAAGAAGUUGAUGCAGACGAGGAAGCGUAUUUCAACGCGUCCGACGAUGAAGACGAAAACGCUUCUACCAGCGACAGGCCUGGUAUGAAUGGAGCGUCGCCUGUACGUCCUCUUGUCAACUACCCGGAUGACGAUGCGGAAGAAGACGACAUGGAUAUUCUUGCCACGGAAAUACCACCAUCAGCUCAAAAGCUGUCUGCGGCGACGCAAACGCCAGAUGAGGAAAGCGGGUCACCGAAAGCUGCGGCGGUUGAGUCUCCCCCUGAACGUGUCUCGGAGAAACGACGCAGGGAAGAGGACGAAGAGGACGAGUUGCUUGCAAGCAUAUCCACUAGUACUGGUCCGAAGCGCCGCGCUUCAACCGCGAGCAAUGCAAGCACAGGCAGUCUACGGAGCCUACGUCGGAAGUCGCCCAACAUCAACUCGGGCAAAGAUGGUGGGGGCGGACCGAAGAAGAUCUCGCUCUCACUACCAUUGAAGAGCGGCGGUGAAGGUGGAGAGGGCGAAUAG